GAACCAGAGGACGAGCAUGGGGGUAUUGAUGCUUCUACUCAACAACUGCAACGUGAAAGUAAGUGGAAGAGGGCAUCAAGAAAGACAUAAACACAAGACGAAAAUAAACAGACUCUUAAAACAAUAGUGUAAUUGUGUUACAAAGUCAACGUGCAUUCAUUUCGUCUAUUCAAAGUCUUUUCCUUCCCCGAAGACUGUUCAUCACAUGAGAAACGAGGGCCACAUUGAGAGGGUGGUGGAAUUCAAACUUACUUCUUUUUCGGUGGUUGUUUAAUUGAAAAAUGUCCAUACUUGUGAAUCGGCAUUCUUGCGUGUGUCUGAUUGUUUUAUAGAAACAGAGAAGGAUCUGGAUGAUGCUCUGCGUAAGGGUGAUUUCGAUGCGAUUAAUCAAACGUUGACUCCAAAAACCCUGGCAAGGUGUAAAACUAAUUCCUUACUCAAAUCUCUUCAGGUUGGUCUUGUAAUUUUAUAUUUACCAAUUUUACCGAUAUACUUUACUUUAGGCUGUUUCGCCAGACUAGGUGAAAAAUGUAAUCCUUAUUCACUGUGGUUUUGUUUCACCACUCCAUAUGAUUAGCUCGUCAUACGCAUACAACUCUCUCAACUGAUUAGCGUCAAAACUAUAACCAGUCGUAACUUCUCCACUGUCCGAGAGUGUCCUUGUAUCUUUAUCACCCUUAAAGGAUCACUGGCUUGCAGUUAUAUCUUGUUUUUGUUCUUACUGGUCAUCGAGGUCUCUGUGUGCUAAUUUACGACAGAAAAUUUAAAAAACUCUCCUGCUAUGUGCAACAAUUGGAGGCUAACAAGAGAUCAGAAACAUUAUCAUUGAUUUUUACAAGCCAUUUGAUAAAGAAGAUAACUUCAUUUCUUUUUAAACUUAGGUAAACAAAGCACUGAAAGAUUUAGUACAUGGUGCGAACCCGGAGAAAGACGAUAUAGAACAGCUAGAAAAAUCUAUAGGCGAGUUCGCAGCAGCCUUGAUAGAUCCUCUUAAAGCCGACGACGAUACCAGAAAUACAUUUCAAAGUUGUUUUGAUGAUGUGGUGGACAAGGCAAUUGACACAAAGCAGAAGAAGGUACUACAUAAGUGAUAAAAAAGGUUUCUAAUGAAUAGUUUCUGAUAUCCUUCAGCGCUAAAGUCGAUUUUAGUGGGAAUGCUGUCGCCCAUCUGAUCACAUAGGUGCCCUUACCUUUACAUGCAGUGUAAGUAAGGAAAGAAGAAAGACACUUAACAUUAUUAUAUGCCUAGACUUUCAGUCAACAAAACGAGCACGAGGAUCGAUUCUAUAUUCGUUUCUUCAACCGCAGCGCGCACAUAUGAUCUUUGUAUGUUUACAGCCAUUAUUCACCACUUCGAAGGUUUAUUUGGAUCCAACAUAAUAAACAGCUCUCAGUUGGCUUGUUAGGUAGAGCGCUGCACCAGUAUCGCAGAGGUCAUGGGUUCAAAUCCCGUACGGGCCUGAAUUUUUUUUUUUCAGUCCUUAUUUUAACUACUAGUUCAGUGGUGUUCAUAACCGCGAGGAUCGAUUCUAUAUUCGAGCACUGUGAUUGGUUGAUUCUUGGUCACGUGCCCUUGAUUAAAUUCAAAUGUAUCCCGACCGGGAUACAAUUGCGCAGUUGUUGCUCGCGCGCCGAAUACAACAGCAUGUUUUUGCCACAUGAUUGUUUAAAGGAAAGUCUAAAUAUGUAACAAAGCACUUAAUAUAUGGUCCCUCGGGAAACUAGUUAGUUUUGUUUUCCCUCGAGUCCUGAUGUUUCCCGAGACUUCAAAACUAACUGUUUCCCGAGGGACUUUACAUUAAGUGAAUAAUGCUCCCACCAAUCACCACCAGUGAAAGCUUCCUCGCCGGUGUGAUAUUACAAAGGGGAAAAGAUACUUUUAAGAUUUAUGCACACAAUAUUACGAUAUACUUGGUGCCAAUCAAAUGUACAGGACGUCAUUUUUAUGUCUCUCUACUUUAUGUUCAAAGGGGCAAUUAAUCAAUUUCCAGUGAAAGAAACUAUAUUCUAGUGAAUCUACUGAAUGAUUUGAGGCCAAACUGAAUGAUUUAAAGACACUGAACACACCCACAGCUCGACGCCAUCGCCAAUCCAGCCAAAAAUUAUUUUCUACCUUAAAUUGUCUUAAUUUUUCUUCUAAAAAAUCUUUCACAUCCUUGCUUUAGCAGUUCUCUUCUGUUGUAGAUCACAGUUGACGUAAAAAUGUGGUAAGAACAAAAUGGUGGCACAUGAUGCGUGGUCGGGUGUGUCACUGAUAUGUCGCUAGAAUUGUUUUGAAUUUAAUGAAGCCAAACUUUGUUCAUGCUGACGUCCCCUCUGAGAUUCUCCUCUGAUAAGUAAUAAGCAUGAACCAAUUCAAAUUCGACUUAUUGUGUAAAACAAUUUAUCCACGAAUUUUUUCGCAGUUCAUCUUUCACCCAGUGGUGUAUAACUUGCUUAACUCCAGAUGGUACCGCUCCUUUUUUCACGUAAGAAAAGAAUCAUGGCGGACACCUAAACGCUGGGGAUACUUUUUUCUCAACCUCUGGACGGUGUUUGACAUCUUCUUUUUUCCCUUUCUCUUUGCCAUUUUCUUCGUCGUGCAUUUGGUAAAACGGGCCUUGAGGAGGAAAAGAGGUUUGUAAUAUCGUUUUGUUAGCAUUCGUUAAAGUAGUUGACAUGGUAUAGUAGAUGGUAACGCGUUUUUAGUAAGCUCUCAGGUAUUCCAAAGGUUUGGGCCUGAAGGGGGUGAGGGGUGGGGCGCGGAAGGUGAUGGCUUUUCUGUAGUUUAUUUCUAACUCUAGAAAACUGAGUCCUCUCAAUUUAAAAAAAUGCAGAAGUCCUUAGUAAGGCUAUGCGCGAAGCGCGGGUCACGCAUUUUUCUUCCCUGGCACGUGAAACGCGCACCAUGCUUGCCUCGUGCUUGCAAAAAAACUAAGCCUGUUUUGCAGGCUACAUCGUUCAAGGAGCGUUUACAGGCCUGGUAUUUGUUCCCACCUGAUCAUAAUAGUCUUAAGAAUGGUUGAGAUUGCUAAGUCUUGAGAUUAGAUACAAGCAGCUACUGGAGAGUUGUUGUGGUGCAUGGUAUCAGUUGUUGCAUGUUUCCUUUAUCGAUCUGUGGUUUAAUCCGCUUUCCUUGAUCAUUUUUCAGAAACUAAAAUAUGUUUUGUUUUGACGCUGGGCAAAGAUACCUCAGAAGAAGAAUUUAAUCUGGUUAAAGGGACGAUAAACUACAUUGUUCGUGAAUAUGGCUGCCACUCUGCCAAAUACUGUGUUGUUUUACAUGAAGACCACAAAAUUAUCGGUAACAUCAACUUUAAAGAGAGGUACACUACUGAGGCUGCACUUCGAGCAAAGAUUGACCAGUUACAGCGGCCAAACUCUGCCAGUUCACUCGUUGAAGAUCUUGUGGCCACCCAAAGUGUUUUCAUGGACCAAACACUUGGGAAGGAGGCCAAAAAGGUGAGGUAUACGUGCGUGCAACCGUUUUCCGGAGCGCUGUCAAGUUUUGCCCUUAACUUGUUUCCAUGGGCUCAUUUUGCAGUCAUGGGCUGGUUAUCAGACCUUGGUAGGUUAUUCCUACCAAUUCAUAUUCAAUGUUGAUUUAAUUUGACGACCACACGCGACAGUUGAUUUAUGUUUAAAUCAUAAGUACAAAUCAUGUUUUAGUUAGUGUCAUGGCUCAUGGGCCGGCCUCUUGCAUUUGCCUUCUUGCUGAAGAACUCAGACUUUCCCCUCUCGCUUCAAGCUUUUAAACCCGCUGUUACGCCGAAUAAUCAAGCUUUUAUUCUCUUUCUCUGUCAGAUAUCAGCAAGAGAAAAACAUGUCCCACUAUUUUCCUUAGGUAUCAGUAAAUAGCAAUAACCUUUACAAGAUUGCUAUUGGCUCGUAAUCUUCCCGUCUUUUUUGAGAACUAUUGCGUAAAACUCCUCGGAAAUUUUGUUCAGGACCUCUGGUACGUCUAUUUUGAGAAAUUUGUCUUUUAAGUCCCAAAACUUCCAGACUUUUAGCCGGAUGUUUGUGCUUUUUGAAGUAUCUUUGUUGUGAGUAUUCUCCUGUAAACUCUGAACUAAAACGUGGUUACUUUCCAAUAACCUGUCCGCCAUUUUGUUCUGCUGUGCUUUCGCGACUUUCUUGACAAUCGAUUUAAUUUCAACUUUCUGCAAUCCAUUUCACUUUUUGCAUUCAGUUUCAACUCUCUGCACAGUUUGGGUUAAUUGACGCCUUCUCAGUCAAUGAGCAUGCUGAAAUUUUUGCAUUACAUGUACAUAACGGCUACCGUUAUUAGUUGUGUGAACAGAUUAAUUAAACGGCGAAAUAAACAAAACCAUCAAUAACUUAUGCAAUAGAUCUAGUAGUUAAGAUACUUACAAGCACAUCAGCAAUAUUCACUGCGAAUCCAAUCAUUGUCGUUGAAAGUGUUUGUUUUUUCACUGAAAAAAAUUCAAGCAUCUCUUUCAUAAGAAGGCUGGUGUAGUUUCAAGAUUGGUAAGUUUGGGCUCAUAUUUGAUAAAACUUGUAAAUUUGGUUUUGAGAACCAAAGGGAUAAAUAUCACCUUUUUUUAAUUUUAUGUUUACAUUAGGUGGUCGUGCUCUUUCUUAAUUACUCGUUACACAAGGUUAUGGCUGACACCGAAAGACCACCGCCCUUAGUAGAGGAGAUACAGGGUAUGCAAGUUAACAUCUUUCCCGUCGGUAUCGGGGAGAACGCCAAAUUAUCAGAGUUAAAUAAGAUGGCAAGUAAAGGUAGCACAGCACGCCACUUUGGAGAAUACGAGUCACCCGAGAGGUUGGGGACAGCUGUCAUACAAGGUAACCUGGGGAGGUUUAAAGUUAUGAUUUUAAAAAACCCUUCUUAGAACGAUUAUUCUCCCAUUUGGUUUGGGAAAAAAUAAGAAAGUAUUGCAUGCAGUUGUUACAGUUCGAAUUGAGGAAGGUUUUAAACGGUGCUAUAUUCAAAAAAGCUUUAACUUUUCUCCCCACUGCUCGGAAGUGUAACUGGCUUUAUAAUUGAUAUGUUUUACUUUCUUACAGGUAUCGAGGGAAAGAACAUCUAUGGUGAGGACGGGCUAUUUUUGUUAGCUAGAUUUCCAAAGACCGUUAAACUUUUUUUUCUGAUGAUUUUUGCUAAAACGUCAGUGCUUUCCGAGUUUUCUUUUGAUGGUCUCCAUUCUAUGCUAGCGUCUCAAUCAUUGUCCUACCGAGUACAACUAUGAUUACUAUGAUGUCUUCCAGAGAAAUACAAGGAUUACUUUACGACUCCUUAUUUCAUCUUUUUCCGCGACACGCUGAGCUAUCUCACCCUCCUUGGUCUUCACUUCGCCAUUUGCCUGUUCCCUUCAUCUGUUGCCUUCAGUCGACUAGAAUGGGCCAUUUUAGUUUUCUUCUUGGGACGCGUUGUGAUGGAGGUGGAUCAGUUUAUUAGUGUUAAGGAGGCUGGAAUGAAAGCACAAAAGCUGUGGAGGAGGAAUAGGGAUGGCUCCAGCUACCAAGUACGUUCACAUGAGGGUCACCAAGAGACAAAUGAGGCAGAAGAAGACAAUAUCCUGCGAAAGAAGCUUAGUAAUUAUUUCAGGUAUUUGAGAUUUUUUUUGUCCGUUUUCUAGUGACAAUAGUAGAUUCUCAUUCAUAUGGGAGUAUGAUCAGCCAGGAAGGAUGGGGAAAAAGAGUUUACAGCUUGAAGAAGGUAACAAAAUGAGCCACUGUUCUCAGCUUAGGUGCACUGGUCAUUUUAUGAGGGCUACACCAUCACUCAUGAGGUGACAUUGUUCACUGUCUUUGUUCAUCGAUAGAAACCGGUGUUUAUUGUUUCAGUACAUCAGUAGUUAGCUCGUACCCAUUGUAACAACAAAUAGUGGUACAUGCAAGAACUGAUUAUCUUGCUUCAUAAUUGUGCAAGGUCUAGCUAUUCACGGAUUACAUUAAAUAUAUAAUGGUCUUCUAGUACUGAUAUCUACUACUUUUUUAGUGACCGUUGGAAUGUGCUUGACUUCAUCAUUCUUGUUUUCUACCUGAUUACCUUCAUACUACGCAUAAUUACAUUGAGGAACUCCACGGACGUGUCAGACAACAGACUCUUGGCUGUGUCAGAGUAUUUCUAUGGAUUUAUCGCCAUGUUUCUCACACUGAGAGCCUUUGGUCAAGUCAUAGAGGGCGUGCGGGGGGUGGGUGCAAUACAAAUCGCUUUGUUCUUUGUUAUCUGGGAUGUAAUGGCGAUAUUUUGGCAGUUUUUGGCAAUUAUUCUGGCAUUUUCUCUGGCUAUGACCAAGAUAUAUGUUGCUGAGAAGGCCUCUACCUUAGGAAAAGAUUCCGCGGAGGAUUUGUGAGUACAUGUUGCGAUUUUUCUCAAUCAUCGAAACCGUGAACGACAGAUUCUAAAUUGUUGGGUCUCUUCAUUUGUUACUCUUUUUAGUGAUGGGGUGGAAGAGCUUUCCUUUAACGUUAUGGAGGGAAACCUCAUGUCUGUCUAGGCACCCACUGUAGGAAACAGUAGGCCAUGGGAAGCCUAACAGGAGAGUAAAACUACUCGGAUCAGAAUAUGAAACGUUGCAUGAAAGACUAAUUUUUUACAGUCUUUAUGAAUAUUCACGCAGGAAAUUUCAGAAACAGGCCUCAAUAAAUAAGUCAGUGCGUAGCUCAACCACUACACCAAAGGUUUAAGAUCAAAUUAUGAUAGCCUGUAACCCAUUAACUAUAAUCAUCGCUGGGUCAGUCGAAGUCAUAAAUUGUGAGGUCAGUGAGUUGCUAUACACUGACUUUUGGUGCUUCUGGAAGUACCAAAAUUUAUGGGUCCAGGAAUUUUAGUUAACAAUUUCUCUGGAGCAACACAACCGUGUAAAAUAAAAUUCGGAGGGAGGAGGAAUGGUGGUGAUGUAACUUUGAUAAUUCAUGUUGGUUAAACCGUAAACUGUGGCAACGGUUUCCUUAACCAUUCAUUUUCUUCUAUCAUUUUUAGGGCAUGCAGUGAUUCCGGGCUAAUUUGGUAAGAGUAAAACUGUUGCGUUUUUUUUUUCUACUCUAAUUUUAACUUUGUACUCUGAUGUCUGAAAUAUACCAGGUUACACGAAAUUUUUGCUAUACUUGAAUUAGUUAAAAAACUUUCAAGCGUGAAAUUCUAUACCUGAGGCGUCGGAAAAGUGAAUUAAGGUCUCCCGAGAGAAAAAAAAAGGGAAAAAAACCAUACUGAUGUGUUAAAAUAAGUACUGUUGUUCAACCACGAGCUUUACCAGCUUCAUCAUAAAAAUUUACAGGGAAGACGCUCUUUCCUUUCAUAGCAGCAGAUUUACUAGAACAAGAAGCAGAGCUGCGAGUGAAGAAACCCUCUUUGCUCCCCAUCCCUCUCGCGGCUUCCCUUCCAGUUAAUUAACGCUACUUCGCCAACUAAUUAUAAACCUGUUGAAAGGCCAGCCCAGCUAUUAGUUUACCUUCUUAAGAGGUACCUUACGGUUUCUCCUUCUGGAAAAAUCCGGACUUUAGCGUUGCUAUUUCUUUUGACUAGUGAUAUCCCUCAGGUUUAAGGUUAUCUUGUAAUAUUUUAGAUACCAACACGUAAAUGUGUUGAUCUUUGACUUAAUGGAGCUGACCAGGAAUCUUGAGAACAAAUUUUGUAAUCGAUGAUCCAUCUAUGAGCAGUGACAUGAUGGCCUCUAGGACACAGACGUUUAAAAACAUUUAUUGCGGUCAUGACGAUCUCAAUUUAAAAAAUUGAGUGGUUUUUGCUCUAACUCGUUGCUUAUGUUCUUCAGUUGGUGGAACAUAGCGACACACCUUUGUUGGUCUUUACUGGGUUUAGCUGACCUGGAUAGGUUGAAUUCCGUCGACAAUCCUUCCGUUUCCCUUGUUCGUGUGCUGUACAGCUUCUUCUUAAUCCUGGCAGUGGUUCUUCUCGUGAACAUGAUGAUUGCGUUGCUCUCCAAUACCUAUCAGCAGGUUCAGGUACUAAACAGUCUCUCAGCCUUCGCUGAUGGAUAGUAAUUCUGUUCAUAAUCCAGAGUUAAGAAAACAUGAGAAGUUCUCGACUGUAAACUUGGUGGAACUUUUUUUGGCGUAAGAUAUAAAAUAUAUUUUCUGCAAAGUUCAAAAGAUUCUAUGAUUAUCUGUAAUUGUACUUUUGGCCAACUGACACUUAAGACGAAAAUGAUGGUGAAUAUUGUCCCGUGGGUAUGAUAUAUCAAAAAUAUUCUUCCGCUGAAGGAGUGUCGCUUGUUGUUUUUAUUAACCGGUACUUCCUUAGAAGCUGUUAAGUCCCUCUCAUUCCUCUAUUAUCAGGAUAAUUCACUGCAGGAGUGGUCUUUCAAGAGAGCCAUUACUGUAAGAACUUACAGCACCUAUCACCCGAUACCAGUGCCCUUCAACCUUUUGUCUGUCCCCCUGAUAAUACUCUGGAACCUAUGUUGGCGCGACACUCCUGCUUCGCUCAAGGGCGGACGGGUAAGCUGCGGCCUUGCCAAUUAGUUUUGUGAGUUUUAACAAGCUGCUGUUGUUUAAAGUUAUCGUUCACGUCUGCUCAGUGAUUUUACUUCACUUUCGAUGUGGCCUUCUUUGAUUCGACAGAGAGUAGCUCUGAAUAAAGUGGUGAAGAAACUAGAAAGGAUGUACUUCGAGAAAUACGGUUAUGAAUUUCCCCUCACAGGUGGGUGAUAUGCUAGAUUAGUAGAUAGCCCCAGAAAUCUAUGAUAUGAUCAUAAAAAAGAAUAUGGCGGAAAGAGAUGUUUUUCUACUAAACCUUGCUUCGCUAUGAUCAAAGUAAUAGUUCUAAAGAAGUUUAUACCAUGACAGACAAGAAAUAAAAAAUCACAAAUUAAGAAUUCCAGUAAUGAUAAUCUAUUUAUAACGAGGCGUAUCGUAAUGAUUUUGCUGACUAGAUUCAGAAGAGGCCAAUUUAAUAUUUGGUUCCUCGCUUUGUUUUAGAAGGGAAAAAGAUAGAUCACUUGGUGCAAGAAAAUGAGGGAGGACGAAAAUUGGCCAAUCAGAUAGUUCGGCAAGUAUUCCGACCGCGUGGAAACAAGGAGGAGAAACUUGCGUCUGGCCACAGAGUGAGUGUUUUUGAGGUUCACAUUCACAUGUUAAUUAAACAGGAAGUUUCCCUACCAUAUACUAUGGAUCUUGCUCCAUCAGGAUACACCUUUUUAACCAUUUUAAUUUGCAUUUUAACCUUUUCCCUCGCACAAAAAUUUAAAUGUACGAUUGAGAAAAUCUUUCAAGAAACGUUCUGCUGUAGUUUCCUUGUUCCCUUGAAAAAAAACCGAGCUUGUUUUGUAGUGACAUAGAAAAGCUGAUCUCAAAUGCUUCUCCGGGAAGUACCAGAAAAUCAACAAAAUUUGCUCUCGACGCGCGAUACGAAAAUUAAUGGGAGGGUUAUAGCUUGAAUAAAGCCCCUUCUGGCUUGCUGGUAUGUCGGCUGACAAUGUCCCUGGUUGAGAGAUUGUCUUUAAGUUUUCAAAUUUCUCCUUGAAGCUUUGGUUCUUGGCCAAAUGUUCAUUCUUGGACAAUGUCUUAGCCGCAGACAUUUUCAGGUGACAUACCAGCCGCCUGAAGGGGUCCCUUGUGUUACUGAAAUUUUGUUCGAUUGUCAUUUUAAGGCGUGGUAUGAUUCGCCGGGAAUUGCUGUCGAUGGCUGUCUCCUAACUUACGUGGGACCUAAUUUCUGCAACAUAUGCAAAAGUGGAAAUCGUAAGAACAUUCACAGUGCCAAGUUCAAGUCUCCCUUUACACCAGAGACACCAAGAUUCGAGGUGUGCUUUUGAUUUAUAGAAAAUUAUUUGCAAACAAAAAAUUUAAUUCAUAUACUUCCUGCUUCAUGAUAGAUUCUCUGAAGAUGCAACAUAAUUACAUUGCCUUUUUACCCUCUUCUCUUAAAUAACCUCCCUCUUGUUGGCGCUGGUAUUCUUUUCUAUUUUGUAGCACUACAGAUACUAAUGUUUUUAAGAAUGAACUUAAAGGUGCCAGAAAGACCAGACCGGUUCCUGAAAAACAUAUUUAUGUUCCUCUUGUGGUAUCCUAUUUUCACCUUUGCUUUCAUGGUAACGUGUCAACAUGGAUCUCGUUUGGGCACUUAACCCUGUAACACCUAAGAGUGACUAUGAUGUAAUUUUUCCUCACAUUGUUAUCCCUGAGUCGAACAUUAGGGUCACAUGGAUAAAGUAAAUGAUCACCAACCGAAAAAGCUCUUCAUUGUUUAAAUAAUUCUUCCUUAUCAGCACAAUUGUAUAGAGUACAGCAUGGAGAAUAUUCAUAAUGAUGUUAGGGUAUGAAAGGUUAAAUUUAUCUCCUUGCUCCACUUCGUUGAGGUGCAUUUCAGGGUCAAGUUAUAAGGCCUUAGAUGGCCACCUUUGAAUAGCGUGAUGGUGCCUUCGUUCAGCCGAAAUUCCUUUUUGGAUUAAUCGUUUAUAUUUAUAUUAUUAUUGUCGUUAUUAUUAUUGCUUUGUAAUCAUCAUCAUUAUUGCAGUUGUUAUUAUGGCUGCUUUUGUUGUUUAUAUGAUCAUUAUUUCGGAUGUUGGUUGUUUAUAUUAUCACUAACAUCGUCUUUAUUAUCGUUAUUAUUUUGCUUUGGUCUAAGAAACUAGUAUUCCCUCGGUCUCAUGAGCAAAAAAACUCAUUUGCAUACUGAAACAAAAAUUAAAAACAUGGGACUUAUGGCAACCGUAACAACAAAGUCUAAAAAAAAGAGUCUGUCAUUGUUUUGCAGGUACUUAUUCAGGAGACUGGAGAGAGACGUAUUGCGGCACUGGGUGCUGUGCAUGAGUCGUACGACUGUCACAAAAUGCCUGGCUGGGAUAGUGGAACAGUCGGUUACCACGUAGACGAUGGUAAAAUAUUUGAAACCGGCUUCCAUGAGCUGGGAAGAGAAGUCGAAGGUAUGGGUUACUCUGACGAUAGGUGUACGAUAUCUGCCACAAGGAUCUGUUGGCGUUUGGAAACAUAAUCAAAGUCUUACCGUCCUUCUGAGGGCGACCUUACGACAGUAGGUUUCUGUUUUCCAAAAGAAAAAGAUUCAGAAAUUUUCGUUUGUAAACGUUGUAGGGAUCACUUUAAAAUCGUUAUAGACUCCUCGAGAUGAUUAUUCUGACGUGCAUGAGAUAAAUGGGAAAUGUAUUGUAGCUGUAUGACCAAGAUAGAAUGUUGAACGUAGUUGCUGUAAAAUCCAUGUGCCUAGAGUGUGAAACUGAAAAAACCCUGAAUCCUUCGAUCGUGGGGGGUUCCAACCCUCACCUUCUGCUUGCCGAUCAAAUGGUCUACAGAGAACUCAUUUAAGGCCAAAGAAAAACGAGAUUCAUAUCAACAAAUGCUUGACGCUGCUAGGAUCAUUUAUAUCGUCAACACUUCUUGUAUAAAUACAGUGAGGGAGAUUAAACUUUGUCUUCGAAUGAACGAGGAGGUAGGUCAUUGAUCAAGACCGAACAAAAAGGAAAAAAGUCCAAUUUCACAUCCUAGUGUUACACGGUUGGUUGCCUCAUGUACUUAAUGUUUUCUGUUGAUAACUUAGGAGCUAUGGCUUACCGCGGUGAUCUCAUCGCAUGUGAAGUUGAUUUUAGUGGAGUCCUCGAGGGCAAAGUCUCUGUGUUGUUCUCCUUGAACGGUAGAGAAGUAGUGCGUUCUUCAGUGGAGUAUACAGAGGGAAAUAAACUAUUUCCUUUCGUUUCAUUGGGAUCUGAAGGCAUUACAGUGCUCACCAAGGUAUGUUCGAAAGAAGGAGGGGGGAGCGGGGAGCGGGGAGGGGGAGGGGGGAGCAGGGAGGGUGAGGGAGAGGGUAAUGGGCUAGAAAUUGAAUCUAUAAAUGGUUUGGUUUCAUGCUAACAUAUCACGCCUCGGCACACUCCUCCUGUUACAGUCGGGGGAUUGGUCAUGAGACCAAAUUAGAAGCAUGUGGCGAGGAAGAACUUUGUCGUAUCCAGUGUUGAAGGACCACUAAAAUUUUGUUCACGUUUGAGUAAUUUAAAUGUUUGCGAACAUUUACAAACUAUCCAACCUUUUUACCAAAAGGCUGUGCCCUGAAUGCUCUGAAUGAUCUCUGCAGCAUAUCUGUAUUCCACAAUGUGAAAAUUAGAGCCUAUAGUUGACAACUUUUGAUCAUCGCUGUCCUAAAAUUUCUUCUUUUUUAUUUUUUAAUUGGAGACGUUUGACUUUUGCACGUUUUAGAUGUGCCAUCCCGACAGAGACCAGUUUAGUAGAGUGACAAAUGAAGACCUUCAGAAGGAAAUUGGAGAUCUGCGACGUGAUUUUCAGGAUCAACUAGACAAGCAAAGGAGGAUGUUAAUGUCAGAAAUGAGAGAUUUAGUACUGCGUUUGAAGGAAGUAAAGGAUAAAGAAGAAAAAGAAGAAGAUACUAAGAGGCUG